AUUUCUCGUUUUUCCCCCCGUUUUCUUUCUUUCUCUUAACGUAUCGGUUAGUGACGCACGUCCGUUGCACGCUCCGCACUUUUUCCCCAUUUUUUCCACCGGAAAACUCCCGAAAAACGUUUUAACGACAUUUUGAACGAUGGCUGACACCGAAGCGACCAAGAUUGUUGAAUCAACUGUUGAGGAGAAGAAGGCCGAAGAGAAGGAGAAGGUUGUAGAAAAGGUAGCGGCCAAGGCUGAAGAAAAAUCCGAAGAGAAUGGCGACUCAAAGGAAGACAAGAAUGAUGAAGAGAAGAAGGAAGAAUCUGAAAAUGACAAAUGCACUAUCAAGAGGCAAUCGACCGACGGCAACGACGUAGACAAGUGCCCCGUCGUCAAGACGAAAGCGACACCUGACAACGACGCAUCGGACAAAUGUUGCGUCAAGCGAAAAUCGACCGCCGGCAGCGACAACGUCGACGCCCCGGACGGCGCGACGGUCGACAAAAAGGCGAAAGUCGACGAUUCCGUCGAAAACGACGCGAACAGCGAAGUUACGGAAGCCGAGGCGGCGGCUUAAGUUUCCUUUUUUUUUAUUUUUAUUUUUUUUAUAACAAUAAUUAGUUAAUCGUGUUUAUUAACCAAACUUCACCGAAGCAGUUUGCGAAACAACUUCUUGACUCACCCUCAAUUGAGGUUCUUAGUCAUCAAAGUUGUUUUUAAAACCGUAAAGCGUUCUCUCGUUUAGUUUACGUCUGAUUUAAUCAGCUGAUUUUCCUAAGGACUUAAGUUGUAAACUGAGUUUCAAAUGUGUAUAUCAUAUAUUUUUAAUAAUCGGUUAGGGUUAUUCACUUUUCUGGAUAAGAGAAUUAAUUAAACCCAGAUAUUGCCACAAACUGAUGUGCAGUACAUCACUUCCAAAGGUUUUCUAUUGGGUUCAGAUCGGGUGACCAGGACGUCCAGUCCCUAAUUAAUUUCUUGAAACUUGACGUAUAUCAAUUAUUUAACAUACUAAAGUAAGUAUGAUGUAUGUCAUUAUUUUAGGGGGGUUUUUGGCAUUAUUUGGGGUUCAAAAAUCACACUAAACUAUGAUCAUUAACUAAUUACGUCUUUCUCCAGACGGAUAACCCUAAAAGUAUUUUUUUAUUUUAAUAACGAAGCAGAGUGCAUUUAAUUUAGUGUCGCGGCAUCUGAUUUUAUGAAAUCUCUGAGGUUGUGGGUAUUUCUAACAAUUGAUGCCAAAAGUGUUUUUUUUUAAUUAAAUUAAGUAGUGCGUCUGUACUUAUUCAUUUAAUUUUUUUAUCUUAUAGAAAGUACUUUAGUAAUAAUAAUAAUAAUAAUCAUGUUGCCGAUUUCCUUCUAUUUAUGUGAGAAACUGGAUAGUUUGUAAUCCGUGCUCGUCAUAGUAGGUGCGUGUGAAUCUCCUGAAGCCAGCUCUGCCAUAACCUCACAAACAGGUUUCUAAAUAUGUGUUCAUAUCAGAUUAAUAAUACAUAUUGUAUAGCGCUAAUAAACGAUCUGUAUUUAUUAUUGGCAAGUCAACAAUUAAAUAAUAAUGGGUGGUAUCACGUAUAUAGGAUAUUUUUUUUAACGAAAUGCCUUUUUCUAUGUUAAUUAACGUACCUUGCUAGAAACAGUAUUUACUAUAGAUUAACGAAUUCUGUUGUUGCGUUUUAUGCCACAGAGUACAAAACAGAAGUGUAUUUUUCUUAGUUGUAUAUGGCAAUAAAGGGUUAGUUUUCAGUA